AUGGCCGGACAACGGGGACGCGUGCGGUCCGCUCGCGUGGCCGCACGUCUCCUGCGACCGCUCCGGCCGCGUCUCACGGGCGCGCUCCCGUCGUUCCGGGGCAUGUCCUCGCUCCAGCGCGCCUUCCUCAACGACAACGACUUCGACGGCAUCCCGGGCGACUUCUUCGAUGGCGGGCUCACCGACCUGCUCGAGAUCUCGCUCAGCAACAACCAGCGCCUCAACGCAUCCAGCGGCGGGUGGGCGCUCCCGCCGGGACUCGCCGACUCCGCGCCGCAGCUGCAGGUGCUGUCCCUCGACAACUGCAGCCUCAGCGGCGGGAUCCCGGGCUUCCGCGGCCGACUCACGGGGCUCCAGAACCUCACGCUCUCCUACAACAACCUCUCCGGUCCCGUCCCCGCCGCGCUCAACAGCUCCGGCAUCCAGAGGCUCUGGCUCAACAACCAGCGCGGGGACGCCAAGCUGUCCGGCACCCUCGACGUCACCACGCUCUCCGACGUCAAGCUCUCCGGCAACCAUCUCACCGGCCGGGUGCCGGACAGCCUCACCAAGCUCGCCUCGCUCCAGAAGCUGGACCUGUCCAUGAAUGACUUGAAUGGGCCGCUGCACCCAUUCAGUCCCACCGUGGAUGUGAAUGUCACCAGCAAUCUCAACUUCAACACGACGGCGGCGCCGCCCGAUGCGCAGCCAAACAACUCCCCUCGGGGGUCUCAUUCUACGCCUGGCGCGACUGCUGGUGCUGGGGGUAAUAAUGCAGCAAUCCCUGGGAGUGGGAAGAAGGCCUCAUCAGCUGUGUUGCUGGGCACAACCAUUCCAGUCGCGGUGAGCGUGGUCGCCCUGAUUUCGGUGGGCGCCGUGUUCUUCUGCAAGAGAAGAGCAUCAGUGCCGCCACAGGUAGCCUCUGUCGUUCUGCAUCCCCGUAAUAGCUCUGAUCCAGAUAACCUAGCCAAGAUCGUCGUGGCCACCAACGACGGCAGCAGCGGCACGUCUCAAGGCAACACGCAUAGCGGGAGCAGCAGCCUGACUGGCGAUGUCCACAUGAUCGAAGCCGGGAAUUUCGUGAUUGCAGUGCAGGUUCCCGUGCGUCCUGGGAAGGCUGCUUUACCGGCCAAGGGCGUCGUUGCGGCCGGCGUGGAGCCCAAGAUUCCGGCGACCUGGUGGCUACAUCUUAGCGCGAGAAGCAGGCGUCUGAGGGUUCAGGUCCGCCACAGGGUCAUCGGAGUUGAGGCCGCUCCAUGGACUCCCCUGCCUGGGCGUGAAGUGGCUAACCUUCGUUAA